UGAGUAGAGUGAGAAUCAGUCGAACGCCAGAAUCUCAUCGAACAUGUGGAUAUUUUUGUCUUCAGCUGCAGGUCUUCUCUGCAUUCUGUACGUGUUAUUGAAAUGGAGAUACAAUUAUUGGAGGGAACGAGGAGUCCCGUGUCCACAACCAAGUUUAUUUGUCGGUAAUAUAGGUGCGUCUUUGACAUCCAAAUUGAACAUCGGAGAAAUCUACAAUAACAUCUACAAAAAAUAUGAAGAUUGUAAAUACGUGGGAUUGUUUCAGUUCAUUAAUCCCGCUUUGUUAAUUAGAGAUCCCGAAAUCAUCAAAGAUAUUAUGAUCAAAGAUUUCAAUCAUUUCGGGAAAAACGAUUUCGAGGUGGAUGCAGAUCACGAUCCGAUCUUGGGAAGAAAUCCGUUCGUUUUGUCAGGCGAGAAAUGGAAAGCUUUCAGAAACAUGUGGACGCCUAACUUUACCAGCGGAAAGUUGAAGCAGAUCUUCCAAUUCGUGAAAAUCCAAAGCGUAAAGAUGAACGAUUACAUAGAAAAUCAUCAAAAAUGCGUCGAUUUGAAAGAUUUGAUGAAGAGGUUCACGAUUGGUAACGUGGCCAGUUGCGCUUUCGGUCUCGAAGCUAACAGUUUCGAGGAGGAGGAAUCAGAAUUCGUGAAAAUCUCCCGACAGAUCGGGGAUAUUUCAGGUUUCAGUACGAUCAAAGUUAUGUUAAGAAACAUCUUUCCCUUUCUCGUCAACGUUUUAAGUGUCAGGUUCUUCUCGAAGUACGUCGAAGAGUAUCUGAUUAGAAUCGUGAAGGAGACUUUGAAUUACAGGAAAGAGAACAAAGUUGUUAGGAACGAUUUUUUGGAUACUAUGGCCGAGCAAAAGGUCAAAUGCACUUACUAUAAAUUCGAAGACAUCGAUAUUGUUUCUCAAUCCGCGGGAUUCUUCGCAGACGGCGUCGAAUCCAGCUCUGUUGUCAUGAGUUACGCUUUGUACGAAAUUGCCAGAAAUCCUGAGGUGCAGAGUAAAUUGAAGCAGGAGAUCCGCGAUCAUGGGGAAAUAAGCUACGAAUCCGUUAAUGAGAUGAAAUAUAUGGAUUGCGUUUUAAACGAAAGCAUGAGGAUGCAUUGGGUAUCAUUUUUCCUUACCAAAAAAUGCACCGAAGAUUACCGUUUACCACCAACUAAAGACGGUGCUCCAAGCAUUAUGAUUCAAAAAGAUACGAGCAUAAUCCUGCCGAUGGACGCAUUACACAAGGACGCAAAGUACUUUCCGAAUCCUGAAAUUUUCGAUCCUGAACGAUUCACGAACGAGAACAAAGCUAACAUCACUAAAUGCUCUUUCAUGCCGUUCGGAGAAGGACCCAGGAUUUGCUUAGGCAUGAAAUUCGGUUUGAUGCAAAUCAAAGUCGGCAUCGCUGCAAUUCUAUCCAAAUACACUAUUUCGAUCAACGAAAAAACGUCGAAUCCGCUUCAGUUCGAAAAAAAUGCCAUCAUAAGGACACCGAUCGGUGGAAUUUGGAUGGAUUUUCAGAAAGAUUAAAUAAUUUGAAUAAAACUUGCAU